GGAGAGAGAAGUGCACGUGCAGAUGCUAAUGCAUGUUUUCUAUUUUGUUUAACAAAACUGAGAAUGCUAUUAAUCAAAACCCAAAACAAAAAUACUUUUCUUUCCCUUGCAUUGAGAUCACUGUCAUUUGCCUCUCUCCUUAGUCUUAUGUAUGCUUUGGUAAAAGACCUUAACCAUGCUCUUUUUCUACCAAUAUACUAGUUCUUAAGCAAUCCUAGUAUUACUUAAUUUACUUUAAUUGUUAGUAUUUAUAGUUCUGCUUUUAAAGGGUAUCUUUCAUUUGACUUAAUUUCUAGUCUAAAACUCGAGGUUCUAAGAGAAAAUCAUUUACUUAAUUCACCAUGGUAGAACAUCAAUCCUGUGCAAGCUUGGUCAAUGCAUCAGCAUCGUGUGUUAUAGAACAAGAAGUGAAGGGAGAUAAUGUCAAUGCUAUUGCUGAGAUUUCAGCAGAGUUAGAAAAGGAAAGGCAGAAGAAUGCGGAGCUCAAGGAAAAAAUAUCGAUGCUCGAAGCUCAGAUAAGGGAAAGAAACAUUGAAACUCAAGUAACAUAAUUUUUUCUAUUUGUACUUCACUUAAAUAAGUGCUGACUUGUUUGUAAUUACAUCAUCUAGAACAUAUGCACAUCUCUCGGCAUAUUGCAUGGAUUAUAUGCAGAGGGAAUAUGAUAACUCAUUAUGUUGAAUUAUUAUUGCUUGAUACUUCUAAGCUCCCUUGUUUAUAAUAAUCAACAAAAGUUAAUGUUUAGAGUGAAAAAAUGACACAUAGUUUUAUGCAGCAAGUGAACCUUUUAGAUUUUUCUGAUACAAUGAUUGAUAUUCUUUUAACUAAGGGACUAAUAUGCUAUUUCUUAAAUUUGAGGAAUUAAAUUUACCGACCCUUGCAAUUACAAUUUCAAAGACCCUUGCAAGAAGCUUCAAGAAUUUCAAAAGGAAGAAGAUUGAAAUGGAAGAUGAUGAAAUAGAGAAUAUAAAUAUUGUCAAAAGGGAGUACAACCCUGAUGAUACUGAAGCCAUUGUUCCUAAAGAGAUUAAUCCAGAAAAUCCCACUUCAAUAAAUUGGAUGAGCAUGGAUGAUAGCCAAAAUUUGUAUUUUGAAAAAUUUAAGGUUGCAGAUUAUGAUGCAUGCAAUGAUAAUUAUUUUGAUGAUAUGGACAACAAUCAAAGACAAGAGGAAAUUUAUGACACAGCUGAAACCGUUAGCGCGCGAAAAUGUUACCUUGCUGAUCCUAUUGAUGAAGAAUCAAAUGUAACAUGCAUGGAAACUUUGUCUGGUCAAGUGAAUGAUCCAGCAGGUAUCAUGAGACAAGAAGUACAAGAAAAUCAAAAGACAGGUGACAUGUUAGUUGUUCCACCAUCCGAAAAGGUUGAAGUCAAAAUGCGACAAGGGAAUAAAAAGCCACAGAAGGUGGCUUUCUGUCCAAAAGAAGUUAAAAGGAUAAUUGAAUCUGAAGCACUUGAACAAAAAAAUGCUCAGUCACACACUAUAAGGAAAAUUAUAGUUUUUGCAUCACUUGGCAUAAGACAUGGGUGUGAAGAUAUUUAUGAAUUGAACUUCAACCAUUUUAGCAUUUUGAAGAAAGGAGAACCAUAUGUGUCUCCAAUGAAUCUUGGAGAGCAUGUUUUAUACGAAAAUCCGGGUGUUAGGAGGAAAAUAUUUUAUCCAAAUCGACAAAAUUCAGUAUUAUGUCCUGUCCAAAUACUUGAAGAAGAAAGAGGUAUGCGUCCAUCUGAUGCUACAUGUCCAUCAUGCUUAUUCUUGUGCAUUAAAUAUGGUGGAAGAACUAGAAAUCUUCCUCAAAAUGAAUAUGUGAGGCAGGGAAUGGGAAGAAAAAAACUGAAGUCUUUUGGGCCACUUAUGUGUCGAAUUGCGAUGUUGGUUCGUGUUCGCAGUGGAAGCUUUUUCUUUAAGGCAUUGGGGAUUACACUUUUGUUUAUGGCAGGAUUUCCUGAUGAUCUAGUUCAGAGAGAAACCAAAUACCAGAAUUUAGAUUUGCUUCAGAAAUAUUACAGGACUGAUGAAGCUGCUGAAGGGGAGGAUUUAUUUCUUCAACAUCCAAUUGCAUGCAACAAUGGUACUCAUGAAUCUCAGAAUUCAACUAAAAAGACCCUUCCUGCAAAAUCCAGAAGGAAAAAGCACUCUAAUGCCAUCAUGAAGUCUCAUGAUUUAAAAAAGACACAACCUCAACAGCCAACACAAAUGAAUUCUGCUUCUGCAGCUACUCAAUUUGGUUUAACUGGUUAUUCCUCUGCUCCUACAUAUGCAAUGGCACCACAGCCAGCAGCAGCAAGUACUUUUCUGCCAGUGAUGUAUUGGCAGCCACCACCAACUGCAUUUCUUCCUGGAAUGUAUCCUUCAACAUUUGGAUACCAAUCUUUUCCUUCUACAGCAAGUUACAUGUCAUUCCAAACAAGGCCUUAUUAUUACAAUCACCCUACUUGCAAUUUCUCCUUAGAAAAGUUAUUAGAAGGAAGUGGAAAAAAUGAGACAGCCUCAGAUGAAACUGAGAGUGACACUUAUCAUAGCAGUACAAAGCAUAAGCAGGGACCAUAGUUUCAUAAAUGAAUGGACUUAUGGAUAAAAUGAAACAUUGAUGCUUGCUUUUUCAUUACUAUGAGGCUGGAAAUUUGAAAUACCAACCACCAUUGAUUGUUAAUUUUAUAUUAUCAUUGUUAUUAUGUAACUACUUUUUACUCAUUGUUAUAUAACCACUUGACUAAUAAAUAACUCUUCCUUUUUUAAGAACAAUUUCGUAAAUUUGUUAGUC